AUGAUGCGAUUCAUCCUACUGCUGUCAGCUGCCUCCUUAGCAGUGGCAUACAAGAACCCCUACUAUGCUCAAGGUCGAUCCACAAUGGUCCACCUUUUCGAGUGGAAGUGGGAUGACAUCGCAGCUGAGUGCGAGAGGUUCCUAGGACCACGAGGAUUCGGUGGCAUACAGAUUUCUCCCCCUAAUGAAAAUCUAGCUAUUUGGUCAAGAAAUCGUCCAUGGUGGGAACGCUACCAGCCCAUUUCAUACAGACUGAUCACUCGAUCCGGUAAUGAGAACCAAUUCGCCAACAUGGUUCGUCGUUGUAACAAUGCUGGUGUUAGGAUAUACGUUGACGCAAUCAUCAACCACAUGACUGGUACAUAUAAUGAAAACACAGGCACAGGAGGUAGUACUGCAAACUUCGGUAAUUGGCACUACCCAGCUGUACCCUAUGGACGAAACGACUUCAACUGGCCUAAUUGUGUAAUCUCUGGCAACGAUUAUGGCUGCUGUGCUGACAGAGUACGUAACUGCGAGUUAUCUGGUCUUAAGGACUUGAACCAAGGUUCAGAAUACGUCCGUCAACAAAUUGUCGGCUAUAUGAACCGUCUCAUCGAUUUAGGAGUGGCUGGUUUCAGAAUUGACGCCGCCAAACACAUGUGGCCGGGAGACCUAAGUAUCAUCUACAGUAGACUUAGGAAUCUAAACACAGGACAUGGUUUCCCAUCUGGUGCUCGACCAUACAUUUUCCAAGAGGUUAUUGAUUUGGGAGGAGAAGCGGUGACUCGUAACGAGUAUACUCCACUUGCUGCUGUGACUGAGUUCAGAUUUGGUUUGGAACUUAGUCGUGCUUUCAAUGGUCAAAACGAACUUAGAUGGUUGGUCAACUGGGGUCCACAGUGGAACCUCCUUGCAUCAGGCGACGCUUUGACAUUUAUCGAUAACCACGACAACCAGAGAGGUCACGGCGCUGGUGGUAACAUUUUGACUCACAGACAACCCAAGCAGUACAAGGGAGCUAUCGCGUUCAUGUUGGCUCACCCUUACGGCCAGCCCCAAAUUAUGAGCAGCUUUUCCUUCCACGACACUGAAGCCGGACCUCCGAUGGACGGUAGCGGGAACAUCAUUUCGCCAUCUAUCAACUCUGACCAAACCUGUGGUAAUGGCUGGGUCUGUGAACAUCGCUGGCGUCAAAUCUAUUCCAUGGUUGCCUUCCGUAACGUUGCUGGCAACGCUGGUAUCAGUAACUGGUGGGACAACGGUAGCAAUCAGAUUGCUUUCUGCCGCGGUAACAGAGGAUUUGUUGCUUUCAACAACAACAACUGGGAUUUGAACCAGACCUUACAGACAUGCCUUCCCGCUGGUAGAUACUGUGACGUCAUUUCUGGAGAGAAACGCAACAAUAGCUGUACGGGUAAAACGGUUACCGUUGGUAAUGACGGUCGCGCCCAUAUUAGCAUUAGAACUGGCGACUAUGAUAUGGUACUGGCCAUCCACGCAGGAAGUGAGUCUCGUCUAUAAGCGAUCGAGUCGGAAAUUAGUCAAGAGGAACACAAAAUAAAACAUGAAAAAAUGAAAUUAACAAAAUUUUGUCAAUCUCCAUAAUACUUAUAAACAUUAUAA